GGCCCAGGGCAGCUCUGUGUCUCUGUCUGGCAUCAGCUAGGGGCAAGGAGCCUGUGCAGGCCGUGUAUCCCGUCAGGAGAGUCUGGGAGCCCGCCGGCAGGAACAGAUGGCCAGGGCUGGCCAGAGCCUCCCAAUCCCCCGCUAAUCCCACUGAGGAGCAGCUCAGCUCGGCUCCCCCUUCGCACUGGCCAUUCAACAGGGACCCGUCCAGGAAAGACGCAGCAGCCUCAGUCCAGCCCCUUGGGCCUCUUCUGGGCCAGGACAGCCCCUUCCCACUGGCGCUGGUGCCAACAUGAGACGUCCCUGAGCCUGUCUCCUUGCCAGCCCCAAGGAGCAGCUGGGGCCGGGCGCAGCCAGCCAUGUCCCUCACCCAAAUGCUGAGGCGCAGCCACCUCUGCAGCUGCCUCGUGAACUCACUCAUCUACCAGAUCUGCUGCUGUUGCAGCCCGGGCCCCUGCGGCUUCUGCUGCUCCUGCUGCCCCAGCAUUAAGGUGUCCACAGGAAGCCGCAUCGUCUACACCCUCUUCCACGUCCUGGCCUCCACGGUGUGCUGCCUCAUGCUCUCCCGCACCGUCUCCGAAGCCGUCAAGGAGAACGUGCCUUUCUACGCCCUGCUCUGCGAGCACCUCCCCCGGGGCAUGGACUGUGACAUCCUGGUGGGCUACUCGGCAGUCUACAGGGUCUGCUUCGGCACCGCCUGCUUCUACCUGACACAGGCCGUCUUCCUGAUCAACGUGAAAUCCAGCAGCAACUUCCGUGCCCUGCUGCACAACGGGUUCUGGUUCCUGAAGCUGCUGAUCCUGGUCGGGCUUUGUGCAGCAGCCUUCUUCAUCCCCGAUGACCGCUUCCUGCAAGCCUGGCACUACGUGGGCAUCUGUGGCGGUUUUGCCUUCAUCCUCGUCCAGCUGGUGCUGAUCACAGCCUUUGCCCAUACCUGGAACAAGAACUGGCUGCUGGGCGCGUCCCAGGACAAGCGCUGGUACCUGGCUGUGCUGCUGGCCACACUCGCUUUCUACACCAUCGCCUCCACUGCCGUCUCCUUCCUGUACAAGUACUACACCCACCCGGCUGGCUGCUUGCUCAACAAGGGCCUGCUCACCCUCAACGUCAGCCUGUGCGGGCUCCUGUCCUUCCUCUCCAUCACGCCCUGCGUGCGGCUCCAACAGCCCCGCUCCAGCCUCCUGCAAGCAUCUAUCAUCAGCUGCUACGUCAUGUACCUCACCUUCUCGGCCCUGUCCAGCCGCCCGCCCGAGAGAGUGCUGUACAAGGGGCAGAACCUCACCGUCUGCUUCCCUAGUGUCAGCAAGGACGGGCUGCAGACAGAAGACACCACAGUUGCCAUCCUGGGAGCCACCAUCAUGUACGCCUGUGUUCUCUUGGCGUGUAACGAGGCCUCCUACCUUGCCGAGAUGUUUGGGCCCCUGUGGAUGAUCAAAGUCUAUAGAUUUGAGUUCCAAAAACCCUCCUGUUGCUUCUGUUGUUCUGACAAGUCAGGGGAAGAGCUGGAAGAGCGGGUAUGUCAGCAGGAGGAGGGGCCUGCAAGGGGGCAGAGGAUCAUCUACAAUGAGCACGAGCACGUUGUUUACAGCUACUCGACCUUCCACUUCAUCUUCUUCCUCGCCACGCUCUACGUCAUGAUGACCCUCACCAACUGGUUCAGCUACGAGAAUGCAGUGCUGGAAACGACCUUCACGCAUGGCAGCUGGUCGACAUUCUGGGUGAAGGUGGCCUCGUGCUGGGCCUGCAUCCUGCUGUACUUCUGGCUCCUCCUGGGCCCCCUGUGCCGCUCCGACGUGCGCCAGCGCCGGAGGGGCAGCCCCCCCCUGCGCAUACUGCGACGCCGGCGCCCACUCCAGCGGAUCAGUGUCUCCACGUAGCCCCUGCUGCUGGGACUGGACAAGCUGCUGCCUGCUGGGCAAGCGCUGGGCCGGGCAGCUGGCUGCAGGGCUAUGGAGAUGGAGGGGCCGGGGGCAGGGCUGCCCUCCCUGCCUGCCAGACAUGACUCUGGACUGGAUCUAUGUACUGAAGAGCCCGCAAGCAUGGCACCCACCAGCCUCUGCCUCUGCCUCGAGGAUGACCCACCCCGGCUUCGCCCCAACCACCGCCAUUGGGGAGUAGGAAACUGCUGAGAAAUCCAGGCAGGAUCCCAGAUCAGGCCCAGGGCCGCUCCCAGACAAGAACUCCCCCAGCGCCAGCGGUCUGGGGACAUCGCCCCAGCAUGAAGUCCCCCAACCAUUGUCAAGGAAGCCUAGGCAGAGAGCUGGCCUUCAGGGACCUUGCACAGGACUGGCUUGUCUCUAGCAGCAUCUGCUAGUCAGACCUGCCCCUCUCUGGUCCAGCCGGGGGCUCCUCUGGCAGAAUGUCUUUCAUGUGCGGCGUGUGAGGCCCAGAGCACGGGGCAGUGGCUGGGCUGGGCAAUUGCCACACCCCUCACACUUCAGCUGCAGCCCCUGCUCUGUUGGCCUUGAAAGAGCAUCUGUAAGGCUCUGCCCCAGCCCGCCUGCAGGUGCUGUGGCCUGGCUGCCCCCCUUCUGUGACUGUCCUGCUUCCUGGAGCCACACCAGCCUGCCCUCCAGCCAUGCAGUGCAAGGCGAGCAGGACUGUAAAUAGCUCCUGGGGCCUGUUUCUACAUAAAGCCCUGAGCUGAGCUUGUGUGGCACUGUGUGUGCGCGUCUGCAGGCCCUGGCUCAGGGGCCAGCCCCCCUCUGGCCCCCCAGUGCCCACCCCGCUGCCGUUUGCCUGUGGGACACUGGAGCUCAGGCUACAGCCACUGGGGAGGCUGGGCAGGCAGGGUCAGCACCUCUGCAGAGGGGCUUGGGGGUUGAGAAAUGGGCUGGCUGGGUUGACCACAGGGAGUGGGAGCUGGGGGCUGGCAGGGCCCUGUAGUGGGGCUGUGCUGGGGAAGCUCUGUCUUGAGGGAGCAGGUGUCCUUGGCACACUCCUGGUUCAGGCCUCACCCGAGCUGGCCCUCGGUGGGCCUGUGGGGUGCACAGCACUGUGGGGCUCCAGCAGGAUCCUGCCCAGGGUGAAUUGGGAGCUGAUCUGCCUCCCUCCUCUAGAGCAGGGAUGGGUGCUCCUGCCCCACUGCGGGAAGCUGCUCUUGUAGGAUGCUAUCACUUGGCUGUCACAACAGCUCCCUGAGGACCCUGCCCCAGAACAAUGCAGGGAGGACACCACGUGUGGGUCACAGGCUGCCCCUGGCAGCAGCCCAUCGCCAGGCCCCAGCCCUGGGAAGUGCCCCAGGCCUCACCAAAGCCCUCGCAGAACUGCUUGAUUUUGUUCUGCCUCCCACAUGUUCUGUAGCGGGCAGGAGACGCAGAGGUGGUGCCCACACACCUUGGUCCACCCCAACGGGGAGCCCUCACUUAAUGCCGCUCGGCCCUUCCUGGCUCCUGGGCACUGCGUCAGCUCCCCUCCCAUAGCAGCCAGUCGGGAACUGAGGCCGGGGCACGGCCUUGUGUCUCAUGCUCAGAGCUGGCGACGGGGUGGUGAACCGUUCCUGGCUCAUGGUGCAGGGGAACAGCCCCAUGUACCUGCUGUCCAGCUCCGUGGGCGCUGUGGGCGGUGCUGGGCAGGCAGCCUUGUUGGGAGCAGGGGGCGGCCUGGUCCCAGCUGGUGGCUCUGCAAAGCCAGAACUCGUAGUCAGUCUCCAGGUUCUGGGGCAGGAAGAGAACUGCCGAGGGAGAGCAAGUGCAGGGGGCUUCCCAGACCCUCUCUGACCCCCAGGCAAAGGCGCCAGUGUGUGUGGGGGGCUAGUCAUGCCCCAGCACAGCCUGCUC